AUGUGCAUCGAAAUCCUUGAUUCAGCAUGUCUCUACGCUGUUCUCCUUAUUCGAGAUACCAGCCGCGCCGAGCAUGAGCACAUGUGGCUGAAGUGGUUGGCUGCGCUCAAUGGUCUGAAUGGCGUAGGAGAACGAGAGGCUAUCCCGAGAGUGAGACACGUGAGCAUGAUAGUUGCAACCGUGGAUGUAGAUCUUUUGCUUGGACGGGUCGCAGCAGAAAGUCCGUGCUUCUGGUUGAUUCUGUUCAAAUGGGACGGAUUGAACUAUUGUAGAAGUUACACAUGCAUCUUGCUGAUGCUGUGGGUCGACGAAAAGUCCAUCGCGUUUGAGGAAUAUGCCUGCGCAUACUUUUUGACCAUGAGAUGUAUAUGGGCGGAUUUAGAAGCCGGGAAGUCCACUCAUCCACGGACGAACGAGACAUUGGUUGCGCAGCUCAGGGACCGUUAUGCCCAUCCAGAGAACAGCACUUCGGCAGCAGAAGCUGCAUUUGGGGUGAAGUUCAGCGAAAGCAUUUGGUAUGGUCGACGGCCUACACAGCAGGGCCAAAAUCUGCCAGAGACCUUGUGA